AUGUCUCUCAGACUCUUCAGACCCGUACAACGCAUCGCGAAAUCUUCAAUUCCUUCUACCUACAGGAACUUCCACGCAUCUUCGCCCAACAUGGUUGUCCACAACCUCACCAGCAAGGCCGAGUUCGACGCCCUCCUCGAGGACAAGACCAAGCCCGCCGUCAUCCUUGAUGCCUUUGCUACCUGGUGCGGUCCCUGCAAGGCCAUCGCUCCUAUUCUUGUCAACCUUUCCAACCACAAGGACAACAAAAAACUUCACUUCGUCAAGCUUGAUGUCGACGAGAUCCCCGAGGUGAGCCAGGAGCUUGGCAUUCGCGCCAUGCCCACCUUCAUCAUUUUCAAGCACGGCCAGAAGGCUCAAGAGAUCGUCGGUGCCAACCCCAACGCACUUACUCAGGCUGUUGCCAAGCUUGCUGAGGAGUUCCCUUCCCCGGACAAGGAAGAGCCCGCGCCCGCGGCCGCUUCUGAGUAA